CUUUGACGUCCUAGAAGCUUUUGAGGCUGAACUGCGACGCAACGACCGGCGAGUUUUACGUACCGAGUGUGUGUGCGCGUGAGUGUGUGUGUGAGAGAGUGUGUGUGUGUGUGUGGUACUGACCCAAAGAUCAGUGUGUUUAGGGGGUUCUGAGCUUUACCCAGCUGUGGGUCCAACAGCACCUGAGUGUGUGUAGCUCCGCAACCGGAACCAGCGCUGCGUCUACAGCAGCUAGGAGAGUGUGUGGGGAGGAGGCCCAGGUGUGCACCUCAGAACUGGGAGAACAGGUGUAGCACGGCCGCAGUGUGGGUGAGCGGCUGUCGGAGGCAGGUCGGGGUGCGUCGGGGGGGGUCAUGAGCGGGCAGGCGGGGGUGAAGGGCCGGCGGGGGGUUCGGGGUGAGCAGGGCAUGGAUUCGUCCUGCUGGCUGUCUCCCGCGGUCCUGCGGCGGCUCAUCGAGCUGCCUGCCCCGGUGCUGUCCCGGCACCAGCUGAAGCGACUGGAGGAGCACCGCUACAGCAGCAGCGGCAGAUCCCUGCUGGAGCCCAUCAUGCAGCGCUACUGGGAAUGGCUGGUGUGCCGCAUGCCCCCCUGGCUCGCUCCCAACCUCAUCACCGUCGUCGGCCUGGCAACCAACAUCUUUACCACGCUGGUGCUGGUUUACUACUGCCCCACUGCCACCGAACAGGCACCGCUGUGGGCGUACCUGAUGUGUGCAGUGGGUCUGUUUGUGUAUCAGUCUCUGGACGCCAUAGACGGGAAGCAGGCGAGGCGCACUAACAGCAGCUCACCACUGGGGGAGCUGUUUGACCACGGCUGUGAUUCGCUUUCCACAGUGUUUGUGGUUCUGGGCACCAGUAUUGCGGUUCAGUUGGGGACAAAUCCAGACUGGAUGUUUUUCUGCUGCUUUGCGGGCAUGUUUAUGUUCUACUGCGCGCACUGGCAGACGUACGUCUCCGGCACUCUGCGCUUCGGCAUACUUGACAUCACUGAGGUGCAGCUCAGCCUGGCCCUGCUGCACACCUUCACCGCUAGUGUCGGGCCCAGGUUUUGGAACCUGACGAUCCCUGUGUUAAACAUCCAGAUGAAAAUAGUUCCAGCUCUCUGCACGUUCGUAGGCGCGGUGGUCUCCUGUACAGGUUACUUCAGAGUCAUUUUUACAGGAGGGGUGGGCAAAAAUGGAUCCACAAUAGCGGGAACAAGUGUGUUAUCUCCAGUCCUGCACAUAGGCUCUGUUAUAGUGCUCGCUAUGAUGAUUUAUAAGAAAUCUGCUAUCCAGCUGUUUGAAAAACACCCCUGUCUUUAUAUUCUGGCGUUUGGCUUCGUUUCUGCAAAAAUAACCAACAAAUUAGUGGUUGCACACAUGACAAAAAGUGAAAUGCAUCUUCAUGACGUGGCGUUUCUGGGCCCCGGGCUUCUGUUUCUGAAUCAGUAUUUCAACAGUUUUAUUGACGAGUACGUGGUGCUCUGGAUCGCACUGGUGCUGUCGCUGUUUGACCUGGUGCGCUACUGCGUGAGUGUGUGUAAUCAGAUCGCGUCACACCUUCAUAUCUUCGUCUUUAAAAUCAAACCUCCGACUAUGGGAGCAGCUCAGUAACUCCAAGCGACCGCUGCCACUGACUCUCUGCUCUGUAUAGCUGUGUGCGCGUGUGUGUGUGUUUAUACGUGUGUUUGCCUGCCUGUCCAUGUCUCACACAGUGUCUGAAGGAUGAAUCUGAUGAAAUCAAUCAGUGAUCUAUAGAAGGAGGGAUUAGGAUGAAUUGAUGCUGGUGGUUUGAGUGCGUCACUGAGAGCUGAUGAAGGCGAGUGUUUGAUUUAUUUAAAUUAUUAUAAUUAAAACUAAUGCAAUCUGUAAGGAAGUUCGGGUGAAUGGCGAAUUAACAGGUGCUAAUACUCUCCCACUUAUUUCUGUCUGAUCACUCGUUUAGGUUUCAUCUUUUAAAUAACAGAUAAAGAUGAAGAAUUUGGUGGGAGUGAGUCUGAAUAUGCUUCAAUCGUUCGUUUGUUUAUUCCUGUCACGUUCGUUUUCACAGGCGUUCACUUCUCUCGUUCUCAGUAUUGCAUGCCUUGUCUUUGUUUAUAAAAUCCUGCUUAUCACAAAUCUCUCAUUUAAUUUAAAUGUAAAAGAAGAACAUUUAAGUCAUUUACGUGAAUAGAGACUUUGGCGUUGUCAUGAAUUGCUGCUGCUGCUACAAACAUAUUAUUAUUGUUAUUAUUGUUGUUGUUAUAAUUAUAAUUAUUAUUAAAGUUGUUUAAAUCCUUAUUUAGACACAUUAUGACUGUACUGUACUGGUUUGCUUUGUAGAGAUUUAAAAUAUCUCUGAUUUCGCUUCAUAUUUCUUUAAACUCUCAUUGUGUUUCUAAAAAGAACAAGAAAGCUUUUUAACUGCUAAUCUCUCAAUAUCCCACUAACCCAUCACACCUUAAUAACGUCUUACAGUCUUAAAAAAUAAGUAAUAGCUCUUUAAACGUUCUUUGCACAGACAUACAGUACCAGUUUAAAUUCAGUGUUUUUCCAUUAUUUUAAAUUUUCUGCAUUUUAGAUUAAUAAUAAAGUCAUCCAAACUAUGGAAAAAGAAUAACAUAUGGAAUUAUUUAUUAAACAAAAAGUGACUUUCAGCCAUUAACAGCUGUGCUGAACUCAUCACAAAUUAAUUACUUGAAUUUCUUGCCUCUAAAUGUUAGUUUGAGAGCAUCAGUUGUAAAGUAGUGAAGAGGUAGAGUUACAGGUAUACAGUGAAAAAGUGCAGUCGCAAAAUGACCAUAAAAACAUAAUAAUGAUGAAACUGGCACUCAUCAGGACCGACACAAAAAAUGAUAGCGGAGCAAGAGUUUCCUCUGUUGUACAGAAUAAGUUCAUCAGAGUUUCCAGCCUCAUGAACCGCAAGUUAACAAACAGCUCCCCAGAUAAGAGCAUCUUAAAGCUUCUUCACAGAGUAUUUUAGUUUGUUUAACACUGUUUUUAAGUUACUACAUGAUUCCUUAUGUGUUCCUUCACAGUCUGGAUCACUUCACUAUUAAUUUUCUAUGUAGGAAAAAAGGGGAAUUAAACUGUAAGACUGUAAAUUUGGGUCUGACAGGGUUAAAGGUGUAGCCGAGCCUUUUUCUACCUGAUCGCUAUCUGCUCUAUCUGUAAUCUAGGACUCGUUUUCCACAGAAAUGUAUUUCAGUUCCUUUCACAGAAUGAGCUUAAUGGAAUCUGCUGAUUUAUUAUUUUAGCACAUGCACCCUGUUUGCCCUGUUUUAUUUAAUGCUAAUGCGCUCAAGUACCUCGGUUGCUUUGAAUUCUGUGCCUAAAUCACUGUGUUGCAUUUUUUUUAUUCAGCUUAAAGGAGAACUCCAGUGUAAAAUGGACUUCGGGUGUUAUAAAACAUGAUAAAAAGUACUUAUCUUUGUUGAAUAACACACCUCCGCUCUCCUACAGCUUUCUGAGAUCCAGUAAUUCCGUGCUUUUUGCUCAGCACUCUUUAAAAUGGCCAAUUAAAUCACUUUUUACACCGUUAUCCAGCUUAAAGUAGCUCCACACCUCCUUGCUACAAUCCGGAGAGCCCUGACAUUUAAGCUUUCAGCUCAGAGCGCCGCCAUCACUGUACUGAUAAUGACAUAGACAUGUAUACAUAGACGCCCAGUGCAUUUAUUUACACUGAGGAAGGUGUUGAAUUUAAAGUUAUUAAUGCCUCGUUUUAAAUGUCAGGGAUCUUCAGAUUCUAACAAGGAGGUGUGGAGCUACUUUAAGCUGGAUAACGAUGUCAAAAACGAUUGAUCAAGGCAAAAUAUGCCCGAAGUGUUCGUUUUAAAGAGUGCUGGGCAAAAAGCAUAAAAUUAAUAUAUUUCAGAAAGCUGCAGAAGAGCGGAGGUGUGCUAUUCAACAAAGGUAAGUACUUUUUUAUCACGUUUUACUACACCAAAAGUCCAUUUUACACCAGAGAUCUCCCUUAAAACUGAUAAAUCGAGUAAAAAAAAAAAAAAAAAAAAACAAGUAUUAAAAUGCCAACUAUUGACUCGUACGAUAUAAAGAGAAAGUGGGCUGAAUGAAUAGCUUUCCUUAGAGUUAAUAUGCACCAAGAAUUUUUCAUUUUAAUCACCAUCUGCUAUAUCUGUAGUUACUGAGAUGCACAAAACAAAAACUAAACUAUUGCACAUGUGAACAUUGCGAUAUCGAUGCUAUAACGAUAUAUUGUGCAGCAGCUGCAUAAUUGGCAGUACCUCUCUACAGAGACUAGACAAGCUGUGUGGGUGUGCCUUUUUUGCACAUCUGUGUCAGCAAUGAGUGCAUAAAGUACUUAAUAUAGCUGAAAGCAGCAUUUAUUAAAAGGUAGGGGUGUCCACAAACGUAGAGUGUGACAUAUAGUGCAAUUCAUGUAGAGAUAUUUGGAGAGGAUCAGACUUUAAGUACUAUUUUUCUCUUUUUACUUUACAGUAAAAGCAGUAAAAACACACUGAGCAUACAAAAAUACCUUAGAAUAUUUUUUUUGGUAAUUAAAAUGAAAAUAAAAUAAAAUAGCAAUUUUUUGUCUUAUUACGUAUUAUUUUUACUGUUAUAAUAAUGGCUGUGUGUGUGUAAUGGUGUGUCAUCGCAUGCAUGUGGCUCUGUUCAUGUCAUCACUUGCCUUAAAAAAAAAAAAUAUAUAUAUAUAUAUAUAUAUAUAUAUAUAUAACUGGGUAUUGUGUAUAUUUUGUUUUUGGUUAUUUGUUUUUUUUCUGCAUCAUUAUUACCAUAACAGUGCAUUUCUGUGUCAUGCUCAGGUACAUUAUAAUAUGCAUAAACGACUAAAAGAACUUCAGAGCAAUGUUAGACAAUCUGUCUGCUAGCUAGCCAACAGUGGACGUGUUUGUGUGAAAAGCUCACAGGCGUUUCUGCCCACAAUCUGAACAGCUAGUAAGAACGAUUAUAAAUAUUAUGACUAAUCACUGCCACUGAUUUAGCCCUGGUUGGUUUGUGUGUGUUUAUAAUUAUUACACUUGCUUAUGAAACGUUAAUGAAGAUUAAAGAGUUGUGAAUUAUACUGUGGGAUGUAGAACUGCACUCUUGUCCUACACUGAUGUUAUUUAACUGGAUUUAUCUAUGCUAAUCCAUAUAUAUCUGGAAUAUCUGGAAAAAAUUAAGAGACCACUUCAGUUUCUGAAUCAGUUUCUCUGAUUUUGCUAUUUAUAGGCAUGUAUAGGUGUAAAAAACUACAGACAACAUUUCUCCCAAAUUCCAAAUAAAUUAUGCAAAGCUUUCAGAUCUCAAAUAAUGCAAAGAAAACAAGUUCAUAUUCAUAAAGUUUUAAGAGUUCAGAAAUCAAUAUUUGGUGGAAUAACCCUAGUUUUUAAUCAGUUUUUUCAUGCAUCUUGGCAUCAUGUUCUUCUCCACCAGUCUUACACACUGCUUUUGGAUAACUUUACGCUGCUUUACUCCUGGUGCAAAAAAUUAUAUAUUGCAGAGGUUUUUGAUUUGGUAAAAUCAAGGAAAAACUUAAUUUUUAAGUGGUCUCUUACUUUUUUCCAGAGCUGUAUAUAUGUAUAUCACUUUUUAAAUGCCCUUACACACUGAACAUGAAUGUGUGUGUGUGAAUUAUUAAUGAUAAAAUCCUUUAAUUGUCCUAGAUUAGCUUUUGGCUACAACAACUCUCUAUUCAACAUGCUCUUUACUGUUUAGGCUUAAUUAUGUUAUGCUCAUUAAAUACAAAUAAAGAUACAGUCAGUCUUUCUGUUUCUACAUUGUAGUUUAGUUUUACACCCAACAUUAAUUUCAGUAACUGAAAUUAUUUGGCCAAAAAAGCUUUUUGUGUUUGGCUAAAUAAAUAAUUUACUAAACAGUAAAGUUAACAAAAAAUAUUUUUAUCCUGUUUAUUUAAUUAAUUGGUAAAUAAAAUGUGGCAAAAUUAAUGAAAACCUGCGAAGAAAUGACUGGUAAAAAUUCCUGCAAUUUUUAAAAUCACAAUAUAUUGUAAAAAAAAAAAAACAUUUAAUUACUGCAACUUUAUUUGGAUGGUACAUUAAAGAUAGAUGCCUUAUAGAUGCUCACCUAACAUUCAACUGAAUGUCUAUUCAAUGCAUUUUAACCAUGAAUCAACCCUAAAACAGCCAUUACCCAAACCUUCAUCUACACAUUAAAUCUAACCUUAAACCUAGCCAUAAAAUGUUACGGUUAAAAUUUGGCUUAGGGUUGGGUGUAAGGUUGUAUUAAUUAGACAUGCAGGUGAAUGUAAGCUGAAUGUUAGUUGGGUAUCUAUAAUGUUAUAAUGGACCAUCCAAAUAAAGUAUUACCUUUUUUCCAACAAUAUUGCACAGUUCUAGUGCUGAUAAUCUCUUUUCAGACAGAGUAAACUAUACAGGUUGGUGAUGAAAGGAUUAAGAUUUAAACUUAAGGAGUGUUUCUGUUUUUAGAGACAAAACUCCUCAAAAUUGUGAAUUAAAACCUCAUUUUACAGCUGAUUUAUUCCUCUUGAUCAUAAUCUAAAAAAAAGGAAUUAUACAAAUAGUUUAAUAUUUAUUUAGUUGAUUUGAAUCAUGUUCAGUGUGUAAUGGCCUUUAUAUUCCAAAAUAACUAAAUAAAUAAUAAAGCAUUGAGGUGAAUGAAUAGUGCUGCAUUUUGACUUUUUUUUGGCUUUGAUGUAUUUGUAAAAUACAGUCAAUUAGCACUGACAAUAAACUUCUGCAAAGAGGAAAAUAACAGUAACACAGAAGAGAAUUAUAUAUAAAUAAAUAUAUAGAUCAAUGGUCUAGUGCUUAAGUUAUUUGUGUUGAAAUUAUUAAUGUCCGUGCUAAUCCACUUUAUAAUAGAGAUGCAUCAAAUACAGACGAGGUUAAAAGUAGCUGAACUAUUAGUAAAAAAAAUCUGUUUUUUUGUUUAAUUGGUGAUGUAUUUGAGUAAUACCUGAAAGUUGUACAGAAUAAUACAGCUGUUUGUCAGCUACCCUGCUAAAAUAAACGACACUGUACAGUACAUAUAUUGUUAAUACUCACUCAUUAUUAAUGAUUAUUGAUUUUCUGUCUGAUUAAUGCUUCAAUGCCUUCAUUUGCUCUCUUCUUCAAUUUUUUGGCCGUGUUGUGAGAUGAAUAGUUCUGAUUCUGCAAGUUAUCGGUCUGUCUGUUACAAUGCUCUGAUUUUUAAAAAAAUAAAAGCACCUGUUCAAAGAAAA